AUGUUCAUUGGCAGCUUUCUGUACGCGACUGCGACCCGAAAACUCCUUCCUAUUCUUAUGGAAUACAUAUCGGAUCAACAGAUCUCGGUAUUCCAGGAUUACGGCUGGGAGGCUACGAUAAGAAUCGAAUCACGGGGACGGAUCUUAGCCCAACCCUUCACACCCAUUGGGACGUUCGCAGGAGGGGACUUGGUCAUUGGACUCCAGGAUAUUGGACUGGGAGGUUCCACAGGCGGUUCUCCAUGGGAUUACAGUCAGAGACAGGACUACUCUCAGACUCAAAUUCAAGUUUGA